AUGGCAUUCAAAACUCCAAUUGGGAUGUCUCCUUAUAGGUUGGUCAAUGGAAAAGCAUGUCACUUGCCAGUUGAGUUGGAACAUCGAGCUUAUUGGGAAACGAAGAAGCUGUAUUUUGAAAAAAACUACUGGCAAAAUAGGCUACUCCAACUAAAUGAGCUUGAUGAGUUUCUUAAUGAAGCCUGUGAGAAUGCCAAGAUCUACAAGGAACGCACCAAGGCAUGGAACGACAAGAACUUGACUAGAAUAGAGUUCCAACCCGGGCAACAGGUACUUUACUUUAAUUCAAGGUUGAGACUCUUUCUCAUAAAGUUAAAAUCAAGGUGGUAUGGUCCCUAUAUUGUGGUGAAGCUGCUCCCAUAUGCCUCUGUUGAAGUGCUAGGCAAGAAUGGUUCAUCGUUUAAAGUAAAUGGUCAACAAUUGAAGCCAUACUUGGGUGAUCCUAUUGACCAAGCCAAGUCAGUAAUCCUCUUGAAACCCAUCUGA